UUGGAUUUGGGUGUUGAGUCCGCCAAAGAGGACAGAAAACGUGUGGGGAGCCUAGAAACCAGAGAGUGCCGCUGCAUCGGAGAGGAGCCAGAGCCCUUCCCUGAGCCCGCCAGGACGCAGAGGCUCGGAACACCAAUCGACCAUGGUGCGCGCGCGCUGCUUGCUGCUACUGCUGCUGGUGCUACCAAUGCUGUGCGUCUUUGCGACCACACCAGACCCCUGCGAAGUGGACGAUGACGAUUUCCGCUGCUUCUGCAACUUCACGGAUCCUGAGCCCGACUGGUCCAGCGCUUUCCAGUGUAUGGCUGCCGUCGAGGUGGAGAUCCACGGCGGCGGCCGCAGCCUGGAACAAUUCCUAAAGGCCACAGACACCGACCCCAAGCAAUAUGCUGACAUGGUCAAGGCUCUGCGCUUGCGACGGCUCACAGUGGGCUCUGCACAGGUUCCCGCUGUGCUUCUGGUUGCCUUCCUGCGCGCACUCUCGUACUCCCGCCUCAAGGAACUGACGCUCCUGGACCUGGAGGUAACUGGCGCGAUGCCGCCGCCGCCUCUGGAAGCCACUGGGCCAGGGCUCUCCACCCUCAGUCUCCGGAACGUGUCGUGGGCAACCGGAGGUGACUGGCUCGCGGAACUGCAGCAGUGGCUGAAGCCGGGCCUCAAGGUACUGAACAUUGCGCAAGCACACUCGCUUGCCUUUCCCUGCUCCCAACUCCGCACCUUUCGGGCCCUCACCACUUUAGACCUAUCAGACAAUCCCGGACUGGGUGAGCACGGACUGACCGCAGCUCUCUGUCCGCACAAGUUCCCGGCCCUUCGGGCUCUGGCUUUACGCAACGCCGGGAUGGAGACGCCCAAUGGCGUGUGCUUGGCCAUGGCGGCGGCUGGUGUGCAACCCCACAGCCUAGACCUCAGCCACAACUCGCUGCGCGCCACCGCCCCAGGCGCUCCUGGAUGUGUCUGGCCCAGCACACUGAACUCUCUCAACCUGUCGUUCGCUGAGCUGAAGCAGGUGCCUAAGGGAUUGCCGGCCAAGCUCAGCGUGCUAGAUCUCAGGUGCAACAGGCUGACCAGAGCGCCGGGGCCAGAAGAGCUGCCCAAGGUGAGUAACCUGACACUGGACGGGAAUCCCUUUAUGGACCCUGAAAACCCCAAAUACCAAGAAGACCCGAUGAACUCUGGCGUGGUCCAAGCCUGUGCGCGUUCGGCCCUGGCGGUGGGGGUGUCCGGAACCCUCGCGGUGUUUCAAAGGGCGGGGGGCUUCACCUAAGGCCCAGGAGAGACUAAUGAAUUGGCUCAGACUGCCCUGGCUCCUGGGAAGCCUCGUCAGGACGUCUUAACCAAACAACCCUCUGCCCAUGUUCAUUAAAAUGUGAAAACAACGAUCCGUUUCAUUCACUCAACAGAUGUGUGUACUGGGUGUUUGUGAUGUGCUGGGACAGACCUGGAUGUGAAAUCCAUUAUAUUUAGACUUUCAUCAGCUUAAUUACCUAGAAACCUAAGAACAGAACUUCAAGGACGUUAGGGGCAGGGAAUAUUGCCUGUUUCGGUUGUGCGUGAGAAACAGGGGUUUCUGUGCAAUUCAGCUUUCUGAGAUUACUGGCACCUGUGUUAAAGGAUAUUUGAAUGAUAAACAUGCCUAGUAAGUUA